UAAAUCAGCUGUUUACAGAAUGACAGGUUAACCACCCUGAUUGCGAAAAGAUCGACGAUUUUUUAAAAAACUAAAAAGAAAAAUUACAUAGUGCAAGCCUUGUUAUUGCUAUUAAAUCUAUAAACAUACGACAGAGAAGCAACAUUCCCACAUACGGACGUGUUGCUUCUCCCGUAAGAUAUAGACCAAAGCUUCUAGUGUGAAAGGGUAUGGUAAAUGGAAAUGUGACGUGUGUAAAAAAAGCACAAAGUAACACAUAAGGAACCAAAUCAUCAAAGGGACAGUUCUGCCCAUUUACGGCAGCGGCUUAUACAGUAACAUUAUUUUGAUAAUUGCGAAAGAGGCUGGAAAAUAUAACAUCGUAUAACAGUAAACAUAAUCUAGUAGCUUACCAAAAUAACACCUUUAUCUGAUAAAACUUGUCAAAUGACGAGAUUUAGGUGACACGGCAUAUUGCAAGUUGAUAUCCAAAUUCAAACAAAUUGUCACGACGCGUGUUAAAACGCACCAUGAAUAACGAUUCAAAAUUGACGGAUGUCAGCGCUGAGGCUCUAACAACAAAUCCUCAUAUUUACACACAGUCAAUACUAACCGCAUUUGAUUGGAAAGAGUUUGCAUGUGGCUGUGGAGCAGCUUUUAUAAAUAUAGGCGUCACCUAUCCUAUUUACAAAAUGAUUUUUCGCCAAAUGCUCCAUGGUGUGCCAAUAACAUCGGCCUUCGGUCAGUUACGCCAUGAAGGAUUAGCUUUUCUUUAUCGUGGCAUUUUCCCACCAAUGGCACAAAAGACUAUUUCUUUAUCCAUUAUGUUUGGCGUGUUUGAUGGAUCCCGUCGAUAUUUAAUCAAUAACUUUAGUAUGAAUGAAUACACAAUCAAAAUAGUAGCCGGUAUUUCAUCAGGCACCGUCGAAGCUGUGCUUCUUCCCUUCGAGAGAAUACAAACACUACUGGCGCACUCCAAGUACCACGAAUACUUUGCUAAUACUCCGCGAGCUUUCAACUAUGUAUUGGUUCACCAUGGAUUUUUAGAAUUGUACAGGGGUAUUGUGCCAGUGCUUUGGAGAAAUGGGCCAUCCAAUGCCAUGUUCUUUAUACUUCGGGAAGAAGCAUCCAUAUUUUUGCCAGAUACUACAUCCAAAGCAACUAAAACAGCACAAGAAUUUGUGGCAGGAGCAAUCAUUGGAGCGUCAAUUAGCACAAUUUUUUAUCCAUUUAAUGUGAUAAAAGUUGCCAUGCAAAGUGAAAUGGGUCAAAAAUCGGAAACAAUGUGGGCAAUAUGCAAACGAAUCUACUUUGAACGCGGAAAUCAGAUUCGAUAUUUCUAUCGAGGAUGUGGCUUCAAUUCUUUUCGUUCCUUUCUCAGUUGGGGAAUUAUGAACACAGCUUAUGAAAAUUUGAAGAAAGUCAUGUCGUAAAUUUAUUUGUACUGCUGCAAUCGUGAAUUUCAGCAAAUGACUACAGUGCAUAUGAAAUGUCCAUUGUGUGACAGUGUCGCAUUUUAUUCGAAGGUGACUGAACCGAGUUAAACGACAGGAGAUGAUCGUGCAUGUACCAUAUUUAAAUACUAAAAACUCAUGUGUACUGCGACGCCUGCUCCAAGUGUCGUCAUGAAACCAAAGUAGACUUUGCUUACGAGUUUAUAUAUGAAAUAAGAAUUAGUGUUUUGAAGUUUGUUAUUAGCAAAAUUGUUACGUAGAUUUAAGUAAAGUUUAAUAUCAUUUAAAUUAUUUUUAUAAACUGCCCUUAUAUCAUGCCAUUCUAGACGGGAUAUAUCGUAGUAUUUUUACAUUAGCAAUGUGAUCAAUAUAGAAGCUGAGAAAGUAGUAGUGCAGGUCACCCUAUUAAGAUUGUUCGCAUUCUAUUUACUACAUAUUCUCUAUAUUAUUAUUUCAUACCUCUAUUAAAUUGCAUAUAAAAAUACAAGAACAUGUAAAGCAACAAAAACAUAGGUGUUUCGUGUAUUAAAUAUAAAUAAAAUACGCAUUUAGGUAUUUUACUACUACAGUGUGCAGAACUUUCGCACGCUAAAAAUUUGCUUUGUAAUUUGCUAUAACGUUUAUGUUUUACAACAAUUUACUAGUUAGUGUACAUUCGUAUGUGCAUAUGUUUUUAGGAUGCAUGCAUGUGUGUAUAUAUUUGAAGAGGUCAAUGCAUUAUAUUUUAAUGUGGUAUAUAUAUUUAUUUUCUUCACUUGCAAAUGCGCGUUUCAUCAAAGCGUUUUAC